AUGAAGGAGGAGGAAGAGGGGAUUACGGCAGAGGCAGACGAGAUUUGCGAGGAAGAGGUUUUCCACAGGACUCUGGUGGGUAGACUAUGGACAAACAAUAGCUUCAAUGCUCGGGCUUUUACUAAUACGAUGAUAGGCGCGUGGAGAUUGCAGAGCCCGGUGGAAACCCACGAGUUAAGUAAAAAUCUGUUCUUAUUUAGGUUCAGUAUAAAGAGGGAUAUGGAGAAUGUGCUGCGACAGGGGCCGUGGAGUUUCGACAGAAACUUAUUGGUGCUUGACAGAGUAUCAGGAGAUGAACAACCAUCGGCUCUUAACCUUCAUUAUGGAACUUUCUGGGUGAGAAUCUACGAUUUACCCCUUAAGCUCAGAACAGAGGCCAUGGCGAGGAAAUUGGGGGGAAUCCUGGGAUCGUUUGAGGAAAUGGACCAUAGAGAAGCCCAUAAAAAUGGAAGAUUUCUCCGAAUUAAAGCAACAAUAGAUCUGAAGCAACCGCUCAAGAGGGGUACGGUGGUGCGAUUCAAGGAAAAAAACCUCAGAGUCCACUUCAAAUACGAGAGACUACCUACCUUCUGCUUCAUAUGUGGAAGACUAGGGCACCAACUCAAAGACUGUGAAGCGGCGGAGGAUCUGAGUAAGAAGGAUUCGAAGAUCUGGAUGAGCAGGAGCUGUCGUACGGAGCGUGGCUUCGUUCCUCGCCCCUACCAAAGCUGCCGGAGGACCAGGUGCAGCACGAAGGAAAAAGAGAAGGAAAUCGAGGGUGGUGAAGGGGAAGUAGAACAAACAAAACAGAAAGGAGGAGCUGCCCCAACUGAAAGAAACAAACAUCCAGCUACCCAUGCCGAAACAACUAAUAAUUUGGAGAUUGAAGCCAUGGCAGAGUCUCUUGGAGCGGUGGAGCUGUCUAUAGCCACAAAACAAAUAGCCCCUAUACAAAAGAUAGUAGCAAAGAAAGGUAGGAAAUGGACAAGGAAAACAAAUACAAAAAAGUCAGCUGGUGAAAUCGGCAAGAAACUUGAAUUGGAGCUUGGAAAAAGAAACUUGGUGGACGUCAUGAUCAUUGAUGGCACAAUGGGUGAAGGAGGGAGUGGAGAAAAGAAACAGAAGGCGGAUGAAAAGGAGAAGGCAGAGGGCACAUCAAAACCAGAGGUGGUGUUGGAAAUCCAACACCGUCUACAACAAUGA